AUGGAAAAUAUCCUGUUUUGCAAGGCUGGGAUACACCAUUGUCUUGGUGGUGAGGUUGUAACCAGAGGACCAAGGGACAGGAGGGCCAGCAACUUUGAGGCUGCAAGUAACGAUGUUGCUGGUUCUCAGCUUUGGUCAAAUCCGACCAGAAAAACUCUUGUUGCUGUGGCAAGCAAAACAGGUAUGAACUACCAUACUUUGGUCUGUUUUUUGGCAGAUCUUUGGGGCCAAAAUGUUGUGUCAAUGGUUGAAGAAACCAACUGGGUCGUCUGUACCAGUAAGAUGUGGAAGGAUCAAGUGGUGUACAGAGUCCAGUCAUCCUUCAACAGCACACAUGUUCUAGCCAAUGAUCUUGUUGUGCUCAAACAUCUGUGGGGGUAUGGAUUUGUUUGCAAGUUCUUCUCCUACUCUGUCUUAGGAGAAACCAGACUCUUUGCCAUUGUUGACCAUCUGUGUGGCAUCCAGCACAAUAAUGAGGGAAUGUUUCUAGUGUGGGAAAGUACUACAAUUGGUGACAAGAAGGUGGUGGAUGUGAAAUCCAUCAAGGGGAUGGCUGGUCUCAUUCAUGAUGUAAAUGACGAGACCAUUCGACAUGUAGUGGAGGUUUCUCAAAGUCAUUAUCAAUAA